AUGGUAUAUCAUUCAUAUUAUUAUCUCUUAGAAUAGCAAACUCACCUCCAGUUAUUGAGGAAAUAUAAAUUAAGCCCAGAACCGAAGAAUAGAUAUAAUCAGAAUGGAGAUGUGUCUAAUCCGGAAGUUGUCCUCAUUGGGGAAGCUGAAUUAUAAAGAAUGAAGAAUAAUGCUAUCAUAACGACCAAAGAAGAAUAAUUAUACUAAAAAAAAUUGCUUGAGGAAUAAAAAGAGAAGUAGAUGGCUGCAGCAAAGGCUAAAAAGCAGAAAAUGUUACAAAUGGAGGAAGAAAAGAAAAGAUAAGUGCCUCUUUCAACUCAGUAGGAGGAAGAUAAGGUGGUCAAAGAUUCACUUCUUGCAAGGGCAGCAGAGAUCAUGAAUGAAUAGAUGGAUGAUGUUAAGGAAAUGAACAAAAUGGUUAUGUAUGCAAAAUGUGUAACUGUUCGAGACAAGCAAUUAUACGAGAAGAAAGAACUUCAUGAAUAAUAUAAAGUAUAAGAGAAACGUAAGGAUUUGAUGAUGGAAAUUGAAAGACUCAAAUCUAUUAAAUAUCAUGAAGAAAAAGAUAAAUAAAGAAAAGUUGAAUAAAAACAUGGUCAUGAUAUUAUAAUUGAAUAAAUAAAGGAGAGAGAACUUAUUCGUUUGAAAGAUAAAGAAGAAUAAGAAAGAGAAGGUUAAGUCAUGCUUAAAUAAAUCAAAUAAUUGCAAGUCGAAGAAUAAUAGAAAGCUAUGCAGAAGAAGGUUACUUAAUAAAAGGUUUAAGAAGAGAUCUUAGAGGCUAAUGAUAGAGCUAUUUUGGUUAAAGAGAAGAGAAAGUUGGAGGAAAGAGAGGAAGAAGAAAUGAUCGUUAAAUACAAUUUGUAAAAGGCAUAGAAAGAAGCAGAAUUGUUGGAAGAGUAAAGAAGAAUCAAGGAAGAAAAAGAAAGAGAAGUUUAGAGAUUAAGAGAAAUGCAAGAAAAAGCAUAAGACAGAUAAGCUGAAUUAGAUGCUUUAAGAGCCAAAAGAGCAAUGGAAUAAAAUGAAAGAUAAGCCAGAGAAAAGGAAAGAAAGGAAGCAGAGUGGAAAAUGAAAUUGAAUCAUGAGGUCCAUGAAGCAAGAAAAUUAUAACAAUAUGAAAAACAAGAAAGAUUAGAAGAAUAGGCUAGAUUAGAAAGAGACGAAUUUUAGAGAGUCAUAUAGAAACAAAAAUAAGAGAGAGAAAAUGAAUUAAAAUUACAUCAUGAAAAAGAAGCAUUAGUAAAGAAACAUGCAGAUGAACUCAGGAAGUAGAUAUCUCUCAAUGAGGAAAAAAGAAAAUAAGAAGAAAGAGACAAAUUGGAAGAAGGUAAAAAAAUUAGAGAUAAAAUGUUAAAUGAGAAGAAAUUAUUGGAAAAUAUCAAAGAAACUAAAUUAAAGACAUUAAAUGAUAACGCUAUCCCAGAUAAAUAUAAAGCAGAAUUAUCGAGGAAAAAAAUUAAUAUAUAAAUUUGA